CCCCCCCCCCCCCCCCCCCCCGAGGACGACCUCAACCAUGGCUGAUGCUGACCCCCCCGCACCCCACGGAGGCUCUGAGGAGCCGGGAGAGGAGCAGCCCACAGAGGGGGGGCCCUCCGGCAGCAGAGAGGGACAGACGCAGCCUCCGGGAGGAGGGGGUGAGUCUGCGGCUCCUGGGGAGGUUUAUGCUCCUGCAGGUCUUUCAAAGGUGCCCCCCCUCCUUGUUUCUGUCCCCCAAACAGCAGAGGAGGAGGAGGCAGACAGGGAGGAGGAGGAGGAGGACGAAGACACGGACAGCAUGGAGGGCAGCGGCCUCUACUCCCUCACCGACGACGCCGAGAGGGAGAGCGAGGGAGGGGGCCGGCAGAGGGUCAAGGAGAGGAGGGCGUCCAGGAAGAGGAACCGACUUGGCGGCGGCGGCAGCAACCACUCCUCCAGCUCAGACGAUGACGAGGAUGAAGAAGAGCAGAAAGACGAGGACGACGACGAGGCCAUGGAGGCGUGGCUGAAGGCGGAGCUGCGGGAGCUGCGGGGGCCAGUGUGGCAGGCGGUGCCAUCGCUGCGCUCCCGCGAGAUCGGCAGGGACUCGCAGCAGUUCGUGCGGCGCGUGUGCGGCGCCCGCGGCCUGGUGCAGCGGCUGGAGCUGCAGGGCCGCCUGGAGCGCCACACCGGCUGCGUCAACACGCUACACUUCAACCCCUCCGGCACGCGCCUGGCGUCCGGCAGCGACGACCUGCGGGUGGUCAUCUGGGACUGGGCCGUCCGCCGGGCGGUGCUGGAGUUCGACAGCGGACACAAGAGCAACGUCUUCCAGGCCAAGUUCCUGCCCCACAGCGGCGACUCCACGCUGGCCAUGUGCGCCCGCGACGGCCAGAUCCGGGUGGCUGAGCUGUCCGCCACUCAGUGCUGCAAGAACACCAAGAGGGUGGCACAGCACAAAGGAGCAGCGCACAAGCUGGCCCUGGAGCCGGACUCGCCAUGCUCCUUCCUGUCUGCCGGGGAGGACGCCGUGGUGUUCGGGAUCGACCUCCGCCUCGACCGUCCCGCCAAUAAACUGGUGGUUGUGAAGGAAGGAGAGAAGAAAGUGGGGCUCUACACCAUUUUUGUCAACCCGGCAAAGACGCACCACUUUGCUGUUGGGGGGCGGGAUCAGUAUGUGAGGAUCUAUGACCAGAGGAAGAUCAAUGAAAACGAGAACAACGGCGUUCUGAAGAAGUUCUGCCCGUCUCACCUGGUGUCCAGCGAGUCCAAAACCAACAUAACGUGUCUGGUUUACAGUCAUGAUGGGACAGAACUCCUGGCCAGUUACAACGACGAAGACAUCUACCUGUUUGACUCCAACCACAGCGACGGGGCGGACUACCUGCGCAGAUACAAAGGACACCGCAACAACGCCACAGUGAAGGGCGUAAACUUCUACGGGCCGUGCAGCGAGUUCGUGGUCAGCGGCAGCGACUGCGGACACAUCUACCUGUGGGACAAGUUCUCCGCUCGCAUCGUCCAGUUCAUGGAGGGAGACCGAGGAGGAGUGGUGAACUGUUUGGAGCCUCACCCACAUUUACCUGGGAUGGCCACCAGCGGGUUGGACCACGACAUCAAACUGUGGGCCCCCACUGCCGAGAACGCCACACUGCUCAAGGGCCUCAAAGAAGUCAUGAAGAAGAACAAGCGGGAGCGGGACGAGGACAGCGUUCGCCACGGUGACCAGUACGACACCCAGCUGCUGUGGUUCCUGAUGAGGCACAUGAGGAACAGAAGACCCCCCAGGACUCGGCGGGAGGGAGCGGACGCAGACACGGACGAAUCCUGGAGCUCCUCCAAUUCUUCUGAUGAGGAGGAAGGCGGUCCGGACCACGUCCAGUGCAUGUCGUCCUGAGCCGCACGCCGCGUCCUGCCAGCACGCCGAAACGGAAAAAAGCUCUUUAUCCAUGCACAACGGCGAGCACUAUUGACACGCCCAGCCUGAUGAGCCAGCACAUACACACAGAUGCACACACAGAUAAACACAUAGAUACGCACACAUAGAUACGCACACAUAGAUACGCACACAUAGAUACGCACACAUAGAUACGCACACAG